GCAGGUUCGGCUGCGCUCUCGGCUCAGCUAGUUCCUGGUCUGACUCUUAGGCCCUGCCUGGGCGACAGGACAGCGGGGUAGCUGCCGUGGGCGAGUAACUGCUCGCGGGGGAGCAGCGGGUGGGGGAAGGGAGCGGGAAGGGAGCCGGAGAGAUGCUGCCCGGAGUGUAGCCGCAGCAGCAGCGCCGCCGCCGCCACUACCACCACCAUCAUGAUCAUAGAGAACGUGGACGCGCUCAAAUCCUGGCUGGCCAAGUUGCUGGAGCCAAUAUGUGAUGCCGAUCCAUCAGCCUUGGCUAACUAUGUUGUGGCAUUGGUCAAAAAAGAUAAACCAGAAAAAGAACUGAAGGCUUUCUGCGCUGAUCAGCUAGAUGUCUUUCUGCAAAAAGAAACGUCAGGCUUUGUUGAUAAACUCUUCGAGAGCCUAUACACCAAGGAUUACCUAGCUCCCAAUGAACCAGCAAAGCCAGAGUUGAAGCCUGUGGGUCAGGUCAAGGAAGAAAUCAAAGAGGAGCCAUUUCAGGAGACUUUUGAAGAUGAGCGAGAGGGCAAAAAGAAGAAAUAUGCUAGCCCACAGAAAAAUCGUUCAGAUUCUAAUGAGCAAAGAACCAGAGAGAGAAAAAGAGAUGAUGGCAAAUGGAGAGAUUAUGAUAGAUACUAUGAACGGAACGAUUUGUAUAGAGACAAAUAUGAUUGGCGAAGGGGAAGAAGUAAGAGUCGCAGUAAAAGUAGAGGACUUAGUCGAAGUCGUAGCCGCAGCAGAGGUAGAAGCAAAGACCAGGAAGCAAACAAAGAAAGGGAUGCAAACAGAAAUGUUGAUCACAGAGAUCGAGCCAAAUUCAAAUGUGAAAGGAGUGAUAUGGAGAGCUCAUAUAACCCAGUGUCUUUGUCUUCCGUUAACUCUACUGAACAGUAUUCCUCUGGAGCACAGUGUAUUCCCAGUGCUGUUACUGUGAUUGCACCUGCUCACCAUCCUGAAAACACAACAGAAAGCUGGUCGAAUUACUACAACAAUCAUUCUGCUCCUAAUUCAUUUGGCAGAAACGCUCCACCAAAAAGACGCUGUCGAGAUUAUGACGAGAGAGGAUUUUGUGUACUUGGUGACCUCUGUCAAUAUGAUCACGGAAAUGACCCGUUGGUCGUGGAUGAGGUAUCUUUGCCAAGCAUGAUUCCAUUUCCUCCACCACCCCCAGGACUUCCUCCUCCUGGAAUGCUUAUGCCUCCUGCGCAAGGCCCAACUCACAACAUGAGAAUGCCAGGGCCACAUGUACAUCCUCGGCCGCCGCCACCUGUUAGAAUUCCUAUACCAAGGCCACCUUUAUCUCAGGCAAGUUUGAUCAACAGCCGUGACCAGCCAGGAACAACUACAGUGCCCAGCCUUGCACCAGUGGGAGCUAGACUACCUCCUCCACUACCCCAAAACCUACUAUAUUCAGUAUCAGAACAUACGUAUGAACCAGAUGGCUACAAUCCAGAGGCUCCUAGUAUUACCAAUACUGGUAGAUCUCAGUAUCGACAGUUCUUUUCAAGGACACCAAUGCAGCGUCCAAAUCUUAUUGGCCUAACAUCUGGUGAGAUGGAUACAAAUCCAAGAGGUGCUAAUAUUAUCAUCCAGACUGAACCUCCAAUUGGCAUUGCAAGUAACAGUAAUGUAUCUAGAGUGGUGCUUGAGCCAGACAACAGGAAGCGGGUUUCAAACACUGUAGAAGGGCCAUCUCCAAAGAAACCCUGGAUUGGAAAACUAACUAAUAACCAGAAUAAGCCAGGAUUCCUGAAGAAGAACCAGUAUACAAACACCAAAUUGGAAGUUCGUAAAAUACCACCAGAGCUAAACAAUAUUACUCAACUUAAUGAACAUUUCAGCAAAUUUGGAACAAUUGUCAACAUUCAGGUUGCCUUCAAGAGUGAUCCUGAAGCUGCUCUAAUUCAGUACUUAACAAAUGAUGAAGCGAGAAAAGCUAUUUCUAGCACAGAGGCGGUGUUGAACAAUCGGUUUAUACGAGUGCUAUGGCACCGGGAAAACAAUGAGCAGCAGCCAUUGCCACUAUCCCAGCAGCAGCAGCAGCAGCAGGCACCACCAUCUCUUCAUCACCCGCUUCACUUGCAGCAACAAAUGCUGCCACGGCCUCCAGUUGUAACAAUGCACAGCAGUAUGGCAAAGGUAACAAAGCCACUGACAUCAGGUGCUUACGUCAUCAACAAGACCCCAGUUAAACAUCGUCUUGGAGCACCUGGUGGAAAUCAGCCAGACACUCAGCAUUUAUUGCUUAACCAGUCUUGUGCUUCUGCAGAAGAUGCUCAGAUGUUUCCCACUUCAAUUAGCCAUUCAAAGAUGGUUUACAGUUCCUCCAAUCUGAAGACAUCUAUAAAGCCUGGUACAGGAAAUAAAUCUCAUGAUGUCCAAGAAGUUUUUAAAAAGAAACAGGAGGCAAUGAAGCUGCAGCAAGACAUGAGGAAGAAAAAGCAAGAAAUGUUAGAGAAACAAAUAGAAUGUCAGAAGAUGUUAAUAUCAAAAUUGGAAAAGAAUAAGGCCACAAAACCAGAGGAAAGAGCAGAUAUAAUGAAGACACUGAAAGAGCUAACAGGAAAAAUCUCUCAGUUGAAAGAUGAGUUAAAAACUUCAUCUGCCAGUUCUACACCAUCAAAACAAAAGUCAAAAACAGAGGCACAGAAGGAACUUUUGGAUGCAGAGCUAGACUUUCAUAAAAGGCUGUCUUCAGGGGAAGAUACAACAGAAUUAAGGAAAAAGCUGACCCAGUUACAGGUGGAGGCUGCCCGUUUAGGUAUCUUGCCCGCUGGUCGUGGAAAAUCGAUGCCUUCUCAAAGCAGAGGAAGAGGACGAGGUCGGGGAGGGAGAGGGAGAGGUACAGUGAAUCAUAUGGUGGUAGACCACCGUCCCAAAGCAAUAACCAUUGGUGGCUUUGUGGAAGAGGAGAAAGAUGAGUUGCUGCAGCACUUUUCGAAAUUUGGCGAUAUUGAAGGCCUUCAAGAGGAGGAUUCUCCUUUAAGUGUUGUUCUGACAUUUAAAUCCCGUUCUGAAGCUGAAAAUGAAACAGAAGCUUCAGAUUUAUUUUUGCCUGAAGAUGAUGAUGAUGAAGACGAAGAUGAAGAUGAAUCUCGUUCCUGGAGAAGAUGAAACUUGAAAUGGAAUCAAUAGUUUUAGAAUUGUUGAACUAAAACUUUUAAAAAAAUAUUUAAAGGAAGUCAAUGAGCCAAAAAUUGUUUUUGUUUUUAUUUUCAUACACACAAGAAAGCAAGUGUGAGUUUGAGAUAUUAAACUUAACAAAUAAGUAGCCACGAUCAGCCAAAGGCUAAGUGUUGCAAAGGUGGUUGUGAUCCUCUGAAGAUGGAAUGUAUGAAUCUUUCAAGCCCAACUUGUGUUUAUUUUGUUUUUAAAAUAUGGACCUUUUUCAAGCUAUCAAUGGCUUUAUAGCCUUUAUUUAGUAAUGUAGAGUGUGAGAUGAGAGCUUUCUGUGAAGUUCAUUUAUACGUCAACAUUUCCUGGAAUUUGGUAAUUCAAAAGUCCCUUAGUUAGGUGGCAGACACGUUAUUCAGUUUGAGUACAUUUCACUCCUGUCAAGAAUUGCACCUAAUCUUACUGUGGAUGAGACCAUUCAGCUAUCUAGCAGAAUUACAGGGCAAUGCUGUCCAUCUCCACAUUCAAACAAGUCCACAUCGAUGACAGCUGUUCUUGUCUAAUAAUGAAGUUCUUCUCAAUCUAAUCUUCAGACAUAGCCCAGCCUUACUACUUUUUGGGUGCAGCUUACCAAUGCUCUGUGAAUUCCACAUUUACUUUCACGGAGCAUCCAUGGACCUCCUGCAUGAAUCCUAUUAAAAUGAACAGAGCAGUUAGUGCUUGAUGAAUAGCUGGUAUGAGUAAAUACAUCCAAGUGCUUUUAAAAGUGUCCAGCCAUUUGAGUUCAUUUUCUGUCCUCUGUAGCUAAAUAAGCUUUUUAAAAAAUCUUUUUAGGUCAAGCCUCCACAGUAUUCAAAGCAACUUGUUCUCUCUUUAACACAGAAAAUCCUAAGUCAAAAUCAUUAAAAUGAUAUGAGACCAUCACUUCUAAUAAUAUUGUGCUUAACUCUAAAGAGAGGAACUUUGGUAAAAGAAAUGUUGAAAAGAGACUGAUUAAUUUAGAUGCUUUUUAUUUCCAUGCUGUUUGGUUAUGUUUUCCCCCUAACAGUAGCUGGGGUAGUUUGCAGUAGAAACCGUAUUAAACUAUUUUGGUUUUGCAGGGCAAUAGAUCUUCAUACUCAACUCAUGUGUCACUUGCUUCUGUUAAGCCUAAGCACAUUGUCCUGUAGAUCCCCCCCCCCCCACUCUUGGUGCCUCUGUGUACUGGCAUACCAGUACACAGUAGGGCCAUUUUAUAUAGGAAAAUAUGUUACGCCACAGCGUUCUGAAUGUUAAGAGGCAAAGAAGCUGAGCAAACAGUACUCUUCUCAACUCCUGUGGUACUGGAACACUAAUGCAAGCAAGUAAAAAAUAUUAUUAUUGAAGUUUUCUAUUAAAAUGUAUUACUGCAAAAGGUACUUUAUCCUCUCUUAAGUAUCAGACGUACUACAUUAGAUCUCAGCUAGCUACAUAAAGUCAAGCACUCUGUUCUUCCUAUUCUUUUGGGUACUGUUGUGUGUGUUGUGGUAUGUAAAUUCCAACGUAGUAUCAAUUUAAAUUCCAAGUCAUACUUGGAGAGGAGUGUAAUCUGUCAGCAGUUUUUUGCCCUUUACACAAAGACCUUUAUUUUCUAGAUUAUUGCUACAUUCCGACUAAUGUUUAAUCUCAGUGAAUUACGUUAGAAGAAGAAAGCACGAAUAUUGCACACCGUAACAGGCAAAGCCUUGCUCUUCCCCCCCAUUGCCUGCAAUGUCUUUGGAAUGCCUGUGACUCAGUAUGUGGCCAUCACAUAUACUGACCCAUUGCAGAAAAAUGCUUGAAUCUGAACAGUUUAAUCAAAUGAUAGAGGGAACAAAGGAUUUAUAUAUGUGUGUAUAUAUAUAUAUAUUGUACAGGGUUUUCUUAAAACUGUAUAAUUGUGUAAAUAUUUUGCUUUUUUGUGUACUAAAACUACCAGCAUCUAGAUUUCCAUAAGAAUUCUUGUAUUUUUGUAUCCGGAAGAUUACAGUGAGCGAAUGAAGCUGUAAAAGAAAUUUCAAUAGCCUUUGGCACAGGUAGACCGGAUAGGAUUCCUUUUCAUAUGGUUUUAAAAUAACAUUUUGUUAGCACACUGUUCAGAACAGGAUGGAUGUCCUUGCUCAGAGUGUUGGCUUUUUUUCAUGGGGAGCAAGAAAGAAUAGGGGCCAUGGGGAAAAUAUUUAUUUAAUGGGGGUUCCCCCCUCUUUUCUUUUAAAAUAUUUGUUGGCUUACAUAAAUCCUCUGGUGACAUCUUAAAUGUGAUUUCUCAGGCCAGAAGCACAAAAAUGAGUUGUGCCCCUGAACCCAUGUAUUGAAAGCAUACUAUUACGUUACUGAGAAUGUAAGUGAUGGGCAGCAUAGUAGUAACUCACUUAAUACAAAGGAGAAAGGAAAACUAGUUCAAAGUGACCUUCAUUUUGACAUAGCUAUGGAUCUCCCUGUGUUGUGUAUUAGAACUUAGUAGGAUACCAUUUGUGUUUCUAGGUAGGUAACUUCUGGUAACACUUCCUUUUUUAUUGCUGUGGAAUUGUCACUUCUGCAUUCAUAAGCUAUGAUGGACAGCAUAAUAUAACACCUACUAAGUGACUUGAGAGUGAUAAAUCAAUCUGAAAUAAAAGGCAACUACACAAGGAGUACCACUUCACUGACCACUUAGUGUGUAAUCCCAUUGCAAUCCAGAAGAAUGCCACAAUGUAAAUGGUCAGUGAAUCACCCCCCUAAACCUUUACAGAUAUUAAUGCUUCUACUAUAUAAGCUGUCAAUUAAACUGUGGUAUAAAAAUUUUGGUUGGUUUGUUUUAAAUCCUUGCGCAUAAAAAAGCCUAGCAUCUGAAAACUGAUUUGAAAAAUAUAUGCCCACAUAAAGUGGAGAUGCUUCAACAGUUUUUAACAAAAUCAUGUGAAAAGGAAUGGUAAAUUCCUCUCAAUGUAUAGUAAACUUGUAUUAUAGUUUUUACAAGAUUGUGAACUUGUGUAAUAGUAUAUUAGGAGAUAUUGUUGGAUUUCUAACUGUUUAUACAUUUAAAUUCAUACAUGUAAUGUUUGUUUUAUUGAUUACACUCUGAAUUUCUAAGAUGCAUGUUGACUUUUUUGCAAUAAAGAAAUAAUAUGGAAUGGCGUAAAACUACAAACGAAAAAGGCAUAAAGCAUAUUGAAUUGAAAUUUGGAAAAAUAGCCAUUCCCAAAAAAUUAUAAUCAGAAAAAGAGCUGUAUUGCUUCAUUUCUUCCAAGAUUUACUCGUGUGAGUGCUUGGGGCAGAGUGUGUGUUAAUAAUAAAUACAUAUGUAUACAUAUUCAUACACAUAGACACAAGCAGUCGGAGAGAAGGUGCAGUUCUUUUGUGGUAAAAUGUUGGGUAUCUUUAUGGAAGUAAUACAGGUUGGUUAAGCCUGUGACAGAUGUGAAUGCUUGCCUCAGAAUUUUGCUAUUUGUUCCUCUCAGGAAGGGCAGUUUGAGAUAAACAGCAGGUUUGUGACAGAAUUUUCAGGAAAAUUCUUGGACAACUUAACUGCCCUGCCCCUACUUAACUAUUCUGAACUGGAAAAUUAUCUUACCUCACCUUUCCAAUGAAUUUGUAUCAUUUGGGGGACAGCUUACAACAAAUUAAUAAUAAUAAUAUAAAAUUAUUACAGCCGAAAAGCUCACUUUUUAUUACAUGGUUAAAACCAAUAGUGUGCUUUUUAAUCAUGUUUACCUACAACUUAACUCUAAUAAAACAGGUGGUGGAGUUCUCUUGAUGACGAUGGUAUAGAGGGAGGGAUAGUAAGAUGUCAAGUAUUAGGAUGAUGGUAACUAAAGGAUAUUGUUCACUAUUCUGAAAUUCACUUCAGGGCAAAAGCAAGAAAACCCCAGUAAUUUAUGAAAACAGAUUUACCUGUAUGUCCUUGAACUCAAGGUAAGGUACAUGGGAUCUCUAAACAAUUCUGCACCUAGGCAACCUGGAUCUGCUAGGUUGAGUAAUUUUUGCUUCCUCUGUUUUUAGGCCAUACCUUUUAAGAGCCAAGACACGAAGAACAGUAAUUCCCAAAUUAGGCUGGCCCAUGGUAGUGCACCAUCAGAGAGCCAUUGUUAUGCUGUGAGAAAUUAAAUUCUCUGAGGUUGCCCACUGUGAUUGUGAAUGAUUUCCCAUUCUGGUCUUGAAGCAGCUUGUGAGCUUUUGUGAUAAUAUGUUUUCUUUUGCUCUAAAAAUACACCUUUACAUGUGUAAAGAUCCCCUCCCCCCCCCCCCACAAAAAAAACCCCUGGCAGUUGGGGACACUUCUAGAAGUUUGAUGCAGCCUAGAUCUUUCUCUGUGUUGAAGAUUAAUGAGAAAUAUGUACAUGUUAAAUUGGCUCUAAUCCACCACCCCAAAUGGCCUUUAUUUCUAAUCUUCAGUACUUGCAUACCUGCAUAAACAACAGUGGUACAGUAAUGAAAUCCUUAAAUUUUUUGUUACUGAGAGCAGAAAGACUUUAGCUAGAUCACUGAAUCUGUCAUCUGAGGGCAUGAUGUGUUUUCAUGCUCUCUAUAAAACUGAGGGAAAUUCUGGAAGGCUUUUACAAACCCCAACGUGGCAUGGAAUCAUUGAAUUGUAGAGUUGGAAGGGACCCUGAAGGGUCAUCUAGCCUAACCUGCAAUGCAUGAAUCUCAGCCAGAUCAUACAUGACAGAUGACCAACCUCUGCUUAAAAGCCUUCAAGGCUUGCCUGUAGUCAGGCCUUCUCCAGAUGGGCCAUGGGUGCUAUAUGGGUCCUAUCUCAUCCCUGCUUUGAGCAGCAAAAUAUCUUGGGUCAGCAUUGUGUGUGUUGGCUCUCAGGCCUCAUCUGUACAAGAGCUUAUCCUCAUGAGCAAGACCCAAAAGUAUUGGAAGAAGCAAUACAUGAGAAAAGGUACAAAAAUGGUGAAUGUUUUUAUGUGAUGGCCAUGCUCUUUCUCCCAUGUGGAUUGUGGGGGUAAUAAUACCCACCUUCCAUACAGGGUUAUUAUAAAGAUAACUAAGAUAAUGAUGUGAACCUCUCUGAACACUAGGAAAAAGCUAUCUAUCCAUUCAUUGCUACCUGUAUCCCACCUCCCCUGAAAGUAGGUGCGCCUAGCUAUGCUACAGUGUGACUUCUAGCAGGCUGCAUUAUUUAUGUCUGUCAAGCUUAACUUCAUCCAUCUUCAUCUGCAAGCUGAAUCUGAGCUCAGAUCCCCUGGGAGGAAGGCGACGCACAAAACAAAAUCCCAUUUAUUGGAGACUCUACAGAACAGUCUUUAUGUUAAUCUGCAGAUAAACAUAUUUAAAAGCAAUAUCUGUUGUGACCUAGCUAUGUCUGCCCAAGAAAUAUGAUGCACUUCAUAAUAUCUUUGGCCAUUUUAUUUUGUUUCCAAUAUACAGUAAACUGAAAUGUGCCUUUGCUGCAGCAAGACAGAUUAUGAUGAUCUUUCAGUUUUCGUACUGGUUUGCAUUAUUUUCUUUCAGCUAGCCAUUUAGACGUACUGUAAAAUAAACAUUCAUAAAUUUCUUUCAGUUAUUGAGGAUUUCAAUUUUAUAUCUUUGUGGCAGUGUUGUGAUAGAAAAGGCUGAUGUUGCAUGUUGAGCCUUGACACAGCGUGCAGAACACAGGAUCCUCCCGCCAACAGUACUCCAUCCUUUCAGCACCAGUAGGCAAGUGCCUCAAUCUUUUCUUUUUUCUUUUUUGUGUAAUUUUGGGGAACUGCUGGAUCAAUGUCACUGCCAGGUUGCUUAGCAAGAGCCUUCUGCAUUUGUGGGCAUGUUUGUAUAAAGAUUGCAUAAAGGUUAAAAAGGAGCAUUUAUGACCUGCAUCUAGGCCAUACUGGAAUCCCAACAUAUCAUGAAAUAGCUUUUGAAAGUUCAGAAUGCUGCAUAAAGAGGCUUAUGUCACUUUAACAGUCACAGCUUCCCUCAAAGGAUCUUGGGAACUGUAGUUUAUCCCCCCCACAGAGCUUUGCUUCCCAGUACUCUUAACAAACUACACUUCCCAGGAUUCUUCGGGGGAAGCCAUGAUUGUUAAAAGUGGCGUAGGUGUGAAUUAAAAGUAUGGUGUGGACGUAUUGGCCACCAUUAUUUGUAAGCUCUCAUCAACAUGGCACUUCUCAAGACAGCCAGUGCAUUCUAGGGGUGUGCAUCGGCUCUGUGUAUUCCAAAUAACCAGGUAAAUUGGGAUGAUUCAAGGCAGACUCUCACAUUCCCGAAUUGGCUUGCAUUGUUAACAAGUCACAUCAGGGUGAAUCAAGGAAUCCUCAACUUUCGAGUAGCUCUGUUGCUUCCAAAAUGUCAAGCACAUGACCUCCUCCACCCCUCUCUUCUUUUCUGAGAAAUUAAUCAAGAUGGGUGGGGUGAAGGAACUGGGGCAGGGUCUUUUGUUUUGAUGGACAGGUCCAGUUUUUAAUCACAGUGAUUAAAAGUGGGUGGGGAUUGUUGGUGUUGUUGACGUUAAUUUUUCAUAUCUUUAUUUUGAAUCUCAUGAUUUAUGGGGACAUUGUUCAAAUUGGUUGUGUAUUUUUUCAUGUUUCAACGAUUGUUUAUGACUACUUUAGUUAUAUUUGUAGUUAUGUAAUUUUUUUUAUAUGUUGCAAGCCGCCUCGAGCAUAGUUUUAACUUUAAAAAGGCAGCAAACAAAUACAGUGAUUGAUUGAUUGAUUGAUUGAUUGAUUGAUUGAAUGAUCUUCCCAGUGCACUCCAACCACAGUGAUUUGAAGGAAGGAUGUCAAAAUUAAUAAACUAAGUUGCUCUUCACAUGGGUCAUUUUUGUCCUCCGAGUUUUGGCUGUGAAAACGAGGUAAGCGAUAGAAUUAGACUAGGUGGCUUGUGUCUUUCCCAGUUGUUUUUUUUCCUAGCAACUUAAAGCAAUAGCUCAUUUUCUCUCCUCCCCCACCCCUCCACCACUCUCAGGCGACCACUCAGUAGGGAAUGUCUAGGACUAGGUGAUGUUGGGCUGCAACUCCAAUAAUCCCUGACCAUUGGUCAUGCUGGCUGGGAUGGAAGGAAAGUGGAGCCCAACAACAACUCUGGAGGGCCGCAAGUUCUUUCCCCACCCUGGUCUACAAUUACUUACCAUAACUUAAGGGUAGGUUGUGGUGAGUGAACCACCUUCCAGAGAAGUUUGCCUGCCAUGACCUUAUCUGCUCACUGAAUAUCUCCCAAUAAACUUUAUCAAAGGUUCUCCAGAGCACAGUCUGAAAAUGAUCAUCUUGGUGCUUAACUCUGCUCAUCUUGUUUUGAACAUGCAGUAUAGUACACAUGAGGUUAUUGUACUGAAGAACCUUUUUUAAGUAAUUAUAAUUUGGUAUUCUGUGCAUCUUUAUGCUGAUAACUUUAAAGCACUCAUAGUCUCUGUGAUUUAUUUAAAUGCUAAUAAAUUAUACAUUUAUGGCACUUUAGUAAUUCAUGUGAAAAUUAUUUGGAGUCGAGCCACUAUAAUGUACUCCUGGUAUGGUCUCCUGUGGCCAAAAAUAUGUCAAACAGCAGCUCCAUCCACUUUCUGGAUUCACAUUUUAGAGUGACUUUGGGUUAUUCACAGGUCAGGGAAAGAUAAGGAACACUUUUUGAAGAGAGCAGGCCUUGAACAUUUGAAAUCCAUUUCAUAAGCAGCGAGGGUUAUACUCUAUGCUGAUGCUACUCUUCUUGUGCUCAAAGUACACCUUUUGUUUGAAAGGCUUUCCCAAAUUCUUUCCUUCAUUACUUAGUCGUAGGCUGUAUAUGUAUGGUUGUCUGUCUGUCUGUCUGUCUGUCUGUCUGUCUGUCUGUCUGUCUGUCUGUCUGCUGUGCUUGAAUCCCAUGCUUCUUCCAAAGAGCUCACUGUGGUUUCAUUCACAUGACAGUUUAUUCGAAAUGGUUUAGUAUUUAGGUGAUAGCCAUGUUUUAAAGAUGCUGCCUUUUAUUAGACCAUCAUAACUUUGGGGUUUCACAGAACUUUCCAGCUUUCAAAAUGUUUGUUGUGAAGAAAAGUAUAUCUUUGUGGAGGGUGUGUGGGUGAGUGUGGGUGAGAGAGAGAGAGAGACAGGGCACACACAGAAAGUGAUGUAUAUAUUUAAAUAAUACAUUUUGCAGUCCUAUAUUAUAUAUUAUUUAAAUCUUACACCUCCACUCCCUCCAUAUACAUAUUCAUUUCUUUUAAGGGUGAGUCAGGUCACACCAUUAUAAUAAGAAAUUGUGGAUGGGGACUAGGUUCUAUGACAUCAUUAGAAAAUGAUUCAACAUUUGAAGCUCAGCAAUUUAAGAAAGAUACAUUCUUAAAUUUAGGCUCAUGCUUAACUUGGAGUAGAAAGGAUUAGUGGAAGCUGAUUCAUUAGGGCAGAUGGCAGACCCUCCAAUUGUCCCUAUUUUCCAGGGACAGUCCCAGAUUUACAGAAGACGUCCCAGUUUCUUAUUUGUUCCCAGAAUGUCCCGCUUUUCCUUAGGACGUCCCUAUUUUCAUCAGAGAAAUGUUGGAGGGUAUGGAAUGGGGCACCCCUUAUCUAGCCCACACCUGCCUGCCUUCUUACAACCAGCCAAGGGCUUGGCAACACUUUCUGAACUUAAUAGGGUGGAGGAUUGGGGCACACCUUGAAUGAGUUGGCUCCACCUGUCAUUGGCUCUGGCGCUGGCUCUGGCUCCUGUUGGUGGCCCUGAUUCCACUCUACCAGCCCAGUGGGCACCAGCUACCACUGGAAACCAUGAGAAAUGGCAUGUUUUUGUAUGAAUUAAAGCUGUGGUAAAUGAUCUCGAGAAGUUGGCAAGUGAUGUAUGUUUUCCUACCGUACCAUAGACUUUGCUGGGGUGGUUUGGAUGGAAUUAUUUCUAUGUUUGCGUUUGGGGAAAUUGUUUUCUGAAUCCCAUGAGAGCAUCUCUAGUAAUGUGCCAUAAUCCAUGAGUUGUAUAACACGCUUACAGUUUUGAUUAAAAGGCAUUUUUGUGGCCAAUGUUAGGCAGCCAUAAGGGUGUCCCCUGCACAUGCUCAGUACAAACCUGUUGUCAGAGAAGGUUGUGUGAUGCAGAAGUAGAAUUGAACGUUGAGGCAAAAACUGGGAGCAAGCAAACAGACCACUGUGGCUUGAGGUGUUGAAUUUCUUGGGCAUUUUGUUGCAGGGAGCAGGCGGCUGAAAGCCACCUCUAGAUAUUUUCUGUCAUAACAUGUAACAUGUGCACAUCUUGUUUCAUUUCAGCUGCACUGUUUAACAAUGCAGUGUGAUCUAAGACCUCCCUGUUUCCUUCCCCAAGUGCUGAAACCAGUACAAAACAACAGGAUAUAUCUUUGAUGGGUGAAAAACAGUGGAAAAAUCUCAAGAGACAUGUGACAGAAGAUGGCACGCAGGGCUUCUAAAAAUACCAUGUAAUGCAUCCAGCCAGAGAGUGUCUGAGGCAGUGGUGGGAAUUCAGCUGGUAUGUGAGAAGGAAGCUGUGCCAGUUACA